CCAGUUGACAAAUGCAACUGGCAGGGAACUAUUUUUGGAUCAUUUUUCACUGGUCGCUUGUCCUCAUCCUCGCCCAGAAGAAAAUCAUAUUUACAAGUGUGCAAUGUCCCCUGAGGAGCAGUAAAAUAGCCUGGAUCGAGUGCACUAUGGAGGACAACAGCACGAUUUCAAUUGAAGGAGCUACUAACGAUAAUGAGGUCGUCAAUAUGGUGGGCAUCGCGGAGCUGCAAAUAUUGGGCGGAAAGAAACGAAUGCGUAUUCCUGGCAUACGUCUGGAAUUCUGCAAACUCCUGGGUGCCAGCAGUCGUCGCUCGCUAUUGAGCUUUUUUAACAAGGGAAUACAGCAGGCGGAUAGUAAUUUUCCCAAAAAGUGCCCCUUCAAGCGGAAUACCACCUACAGUAUGCGACACAUGAAGUUCGAUGCGAAUUACUUACCCUACUAUUUGGCCGAGUACAAUUUCUCGUUUAUUGGCAAGUUUAUGGAAAACGCUGCGAUGCUCUUUGAGGUGCGGGCUAAAGGCUCAUUUUGUUAUAUCAAUAAUGAUUGCACUGGAGCAGGAGCCAACAGCUCGGCGACAUGAUUGUGCAUGUUGGUUAAGUGAAUAAAUAAAAUGUAUCUGAG